CUUUGAUGGCUGUUGACUUAUCGCCAGGGCACAUCUCCUCAGUUUCAGUACAUUCACGUGGGGUGAGGGACGGAUCACAAUUACCCUCUCUGGACACAUUAAAGGCACAAGAAAGGGCACUUCGAACAAUGUUUGCCGACGCCAAAUGCCGCUGUAUUCGCAUGCAGAAGGAUCGGGAGUGGCUUAGAGAGGAACGGCGUGCUUUUCAGCUGUCACAUGGUCGUCCCCCAUCGAACCAGGAGGUGAGUCCAUUUGUCGAUAUUGAGCUCUCUCCCGUAGCAGCUCUGAAACUAUCGAAAUGCCUCUCGCGACAUUCAAGCGCCCGUGAUGUGGUGGUGCGGAGCAUUCUUCUCCAGCAAAGCAUCACUAGGAACCGAAUUGUGCAGAGUGGUGAAAAAACACUUUUUCGAUGCCUUCGUUGCUUUCACGUUUAUUCCGCGCGUCCUCGAACACUUCUUCGUGACGAAGUGGGACACAGUUGGAUGCAGUAUGAGGCUGAGCGAAGGAAGGUUUCUGUGGCAAAAGAAUUGGCACAUUGCCCUCAACUUCGGAAGCGAAAAUACAGCGUUGGAAAACAACGCAAGGCUCUCAUGGAAGACCCGCACUGUUGUCCCUCCUGCGGCAGCCCAAAGGCACAGUGGUUUAUGGAAUAUGUGCAUUACCGCACGCACGCAUGA